AUGGCCGACGACAAGGAAAAGAAGGACGAGAAGGAGGAAGGGAUCCAGAUCGGAGAAGCGACCGUCAAGACGGUCUUGAAUGUGAGCAGCUUUGUCAAAGAGCCGAAACCGCCGAACGUGUACGCGCCUUGCCCACCAAGCUCCUUCAGUCUGGACACGUCGAUGUCGACGUCGAUGUCGCCACUGCCCAAAAAGAAGCAGCAC